AACUGAUGUUAAAAAACAAUAAAAACACUCAAUUUGCUUUAAAAAAAGUGUAGCAGCAGUAAAAAUUCUGUUUUUGCCUACUUAUUCUGACUACCUGAUAACCUUUUUGACAAACAAUCAACGUCUUUAUCGACCCAAGCCGCCAUACAACCCAAAACCAGGUAUUUUCUGGGUCGAGAUCAAAAAUCCGACAAUCAAACCAAAAACCAGCCCGAUUUCGAUAAAAUUACGCCUUGGGCCGCCUCUGUAAAGUAGCUUAGACCAGUCGAUCGAGUCUCGAGAGAUAACAAUUAGUGCGAAUGGAAUGUCUGCGUCUGCGAGUUGUUGGACUUUGGUUGGUCGAGAGGUUGGGUAUGUUCGGGGGCUCGUCGCCGACGUCAUGCAUGUUGUCGGUGACGCUGUUGCACAAUAAAAUCACCUGCUUUGAAAACUCGCACGCAGCGCACACGGAUCGCCAGUUUCGUUUCGUUCGCGACGACGACGACCACGACAGUGACUGCUGCCGUCGUCGAACGCCCAACUCAAAAAAAAAUUCAAACUAAACUUUCAAACUAAAACUAAAUUAAAACUAAAAAAAUUGAGCGUCUGGCAGAGAAAAAAACUUGUUUAAACCUGUGAUACUAGCUUUAAUAUCUAAUCGAAAUAAAUUGUUUGCUCCGUAGGCGUGUGGCAGAUAUUUUUAAAGUGCGAGACUUUCGAAAUGCACUUCAGCACGCGCAAUAUUUGCGUCGUCUGAGAGCAGCACGCGUUCCGCCAAAGAUAAAAUACACAAAAAAGUAAGCGUGCUAAUUUUAUACUACUAGUGCAAAUUUAAGACAUUUUAAACUAAAAAAAAUUAAAUUUAUUUAAAAAUUUAAAAAAAUGAUUACUCUUCGCUGUGCGGUUUUUAUCUGCCUGGCCCAACUUGUUGCCUCUACAACUCCUCCAUGUGAUAGUGAAAUUUACUGCCAUGGCCAAUUAUUACACACCGUACAAAUGUCAAAAAUCUUCCAAGAUUCCAAAACUUUCGUCGACAUGAAACUGCGAUACAAUGCAAACACAACUUUAGAGAAUUUCAAAGAUUUCAUGUCUAAUCACAAUCAACAUCCGUCCCGCGAUGCAGUUAUUCGUUUCGUCAAUGAAAGUUUUGAACCCGCUGGGCGUGAAUUCGAAGACUGGAUCCCACAGGACUGGACGCCAUCCCCGAAAUUCGUCCGGAGUAUACAAGACCCCGAAUAUAAAACCUUCGCGUUGACUUUGAAUAAAGUCUGGAAGGAGCUCGGGCGUAAAAUGCGUGAAGAUGUUAAAGAAAAUCAAGACCUCUACAGUAUUAUCUGGGUACCCAAUCCUGUCAUAGUCCCUGGUGGACGUUUCCGUGAGUUUUACUAUUGGGAUUCCUAUUGGAUCAUCCAAGGAUUACUUCUGAGUGAAAUGCAUACAACAGUCAAAGGAAUGUUGACUAAUUUUGCUUAUAUUGUGGAUACCUAUGGACAUAUACCCAAUGGUGGUAGGAUUUAUUAUCUAGAAAGAUCACAACCUCCACUUUUUAUACCCAUGGUUAAAUUGUAUGUGGAUAGUACGGGUGAUAAGGAUUUCGUGGCGGAACGCAUGGGUACCUUUGAAAAAGAGUUUUCUUAUUGGAUGGAUAACCAUGCGGUCAAAGUAGAAAAAGAUGGGAAGAAUUACACGCUGUAUAGAUAUGCGGAUACAUCUAUGGGACCCAGACCUGAAUCAUACUCUGAAGAUGUGGAAAGCAGCGCGAUUUUUAAGGAAGAAAAAGAAAAGGAGGCGUUUUAUUCGGAGAUUAAAGCAGCAGCUGAGUCAGGAUGGGAUUUUUCAAGUAGAUGGUUCAUUUUGAAUGGUACUAAUAAAGGAAAUUUAACUAAUAUAAAAACAAGAUCCAUUAUCCCCGUGGACCUUAACGCUAUGCUCUACCAAAAUGCAAUGAUCCUCGCUGAAUGGCACGAAGAACUCGGAAAUAUCUCCCAAUCCAGCUACUAUAGAACAAUAGCACACACAAUCAUGGAAGCAGUCGAAGCUGUGUUAUGGCAUGAAGAAGUAGGUUCCUGGUUGGAUUAUGAUAUACUCAACGGAGUUAAACGCGACUGGUGGUACCCUACCAACAUCUCCCCAUUAUGGACCGGAUGUUACGAUAAAUCAAACACCGAUAAAAUCGUCCGAUUAGUACGCAAAUAUUUAGACAACAGUAAUGUAAUCUACCCUGGAGGUGUACCAAUGUCUCAGGAACACACCGGUGAACAAUGGGACUUCCCCAAUGUAUGGCCACCAAUUCAACAUAUGAUGAUAGUAGGAUUAAACAACACAGGUGAUGAAGCUGCGCAGAGAUUAGCGUAUGAACUGGCUGAACGUUGGGUGAGGUCCAAUCACAAAGCGUUCAUGGAGACAGAAGCCAUGUUUGAGAAGUAUGAUGCGACUGUAUUCGGUGGACAUGGUGGAGGAGGUGAAUAUGAAGUGCAACUUGGUUUCGGAUGGUCAAAUGGAGUGAUUCUUGAUCUCCUAUAUCGAUAUGGUGAUCAAUUAUCAUCAACUGAAGAUGAAACAACAGAAGCAACAGAAAAUGUAGAAGAAAUUAUCAUCGUGGAGAAUAUAAUUGAUCAAACCACAUUACCAUCAAAAAGCUCCACGAAUAUGGGAUCUGUAGUGAUGUCUUUCAUUGCAUUGGUCGUCACUGUAGUGGCAGGAUAUAUAGGAGUCUCAUUGUACCGGAAAUGGAACGGUGGACGGCGGCCAUUACCGGAACAACUCAGACCAGCAAGGACGAAGUACACCGAACUGAGAAACGUACAAAAACGCACCUCACGUGGAAACAGAUAAAUUAAUUAUUAGAUUAAAGAGCGGAAUUAAUGACAUGAUUUUUGUUUUUCGUUUUGAACUCGAAUUACGAGCGAAUUUAUUUAUUCGAGAAUGUUAUAUUGCGCGACUGAACGAGUAAUACACAAGUAUGUUUAUUUUAAUUGUCGUCGGUGAUAACCAAGGCUAUUGCCACUGUGUUACAACAUUACAGUAAUGCUGUGAUGCGAAUAAUUACCCGUAAUUGCACACCGAGUGAAUCGGUAUCGCUUUAAUCGCUUUAAAACUGUUAAACAACUAAACUACAAAGAAAUGAAUGAAAGAAAAAAAGGAACUACAUGUGAUAGAAAACAAUUACGCCAAUUGACACUAUAUCUUAAUUCUUGCCAAUUAUUAUCUAAUUUAAUUCUAUUUCUAAACCUAAAAAGACAUAAAAUUAAUUAAACUUAAACUUAAGGUAGUUUUUAAUCACCACCAAAGUAUAAUAUGACAUGCCUGACAUGACAUUGUAUUUUUUGAUACUUCUUAUGCCGAUUUUGCCAUAAAGUGUCCUAAAUUUAUAAAAAUUAAUUUAUUUUAGAAAUGAAAAUAAAUUUUGAGAAAUUAAAUUAA